AUGAACUUCUGGGCAACCUUCCCUGACUUCCAGUUAGUACUCUCACUUGUGACAGUGAUUUACUAUUUUUAUAUCAUAGUCGUGAUGAUCACCUCAAAAUCCACAGUGUUUCGGUCUGCAUUUUUCACGAUCUUUAUUUUUACUGGCAUUUUCGAUAUUGUGGGGAUACUGGCGCUCGAAUGGGUAAAAUGUGAUUUGAGAACCGGCUUCGUCAGAACCGUGACGAUUUACGUGAAUAUGUAUUCUGAGCACCUUAUUGGUUUAGGACCUAAAUUCGAAUUAGUGACUCGUAUAACGGCCGCCAUUACUGGUACGAAUUUCUUCACUCAUAUCAUUGGAUGUUUCUUAAUGACUGUAAAUCGAUAUACGGCAGCUUGCCAUCCUGAAAGUUACUGC